AUGGAUGAAAAAGUAAGUUUGGGGAAUCUUAAAGAUCUAUUGGCUCUUAACUUAUCGUCAAACAACAUGGGUGACUCUUUACCUCCAGAAAUUGGAAAACUAAAGGCUAUGAUACAAAUAGAUCUGUCAAUGAAUCAAUUUUCAAAUGGAAUUCCUAGAGAAAUUGGAGGCAUUCUCAGAAAUGGAACUCCUAUUGCAGUUAAAGUUUUCAAUCAGAAAUUGGAAGCAAUAUUCAAGAGUUUCGAUAAAGAAUGUGAAGUUUUGCGCAGCCUUCUCCAUAAGAAUCUCAUAAGAGUCAUCACUAGUUGUUCUAACAUCAAUUUUAAGGCCUUAGUACUUGAGUACAUGCCUAAAGGAAGCCUCGAUAAGUGGUUGUAUUCACACAAUUACUUCCUAGACAUCAUGCAAAGACUAAGCAUAAUGAUCGAUGUGGCGUGUCCAUUGGAAUACCUCCACCAUGGGUGUCCAUCGUCCGUGAUUCAUUAUGAUCUAAAGCCUAGUAAUGGCUUGUUGGAUGAGAAUAUGGUUGCAUACCUAAGAGACUUUGGUAUUUCAAAACUGCUUGGUGAAGAUGAAAGUGAUUUAUACACAAAAACCUUAGCAACAUUGGGUUAUAUUGCACCGGGUUCGUCUUUUGGUUUGCUUUGA